GCAAUAUAAGCACUGUCAAGUCGGUCCUCGUGCACGAAAGUCGUGAAAACUGUCCGCUCUGCCGGUGAAUUUCGUUUGCGGAAGCUAAUUCUCUCCGAUAAUCUGGUGUGACUGCAGAUUAUUUGCGGUUAAUCGCAACAGUUCAGCUUAUUUCGACAACUGCCAGCACAGAAAAUGUCUGUCACGAAACGUCUACUGCCCCUUUUGGAUCGCGUUCUGAUCCAGCGCGCCGAAGCCCUCACCAAGACGAAAGGCGGCAUCGUUAUCCCCGAGAAGGCCCAAUCGAAGGUGCUCGAAGGGACGGUGGUAGCCGUCGGUCCCGGUGCUCGCAACACACAAACCGGCGAGCAUGUGCCGUUGGCGGUGAAGGUCGGCGAAAAGGUGCUGCUGCCGGAGUACGGAGGCACCAAGGUGGAGCUGGGCGACAGCAAAGAGUAUCACCUGUUCCGGGAAGCCGAUAUUCUGGCCAAAAUCGAAUAAGCACCGUACAGCAGGACACCAUUUCCGAAGUGUGCGUGUGCGUGUGUGUGUGCAACAGGACAAACGCAAUACCAUGGCAGCAGCAGAUUAAAGUUAGAUGGCGGCAUUUAUUAUCAACGUUAAGAAGUGAAUCCGUCAAGCGACCUGAGCGUCAGUUUCCGGUGUUGUUCGAACGAGAAUGCUUCCAGCACCGGACUGGGUGGAUGUGUUUUAGGGCGGGCGGAGAAGGGCAGAAUGUGAGGGAAGACUCUACCGGUUGACAGGGAAUAUUGUACAAGUUCGUUCGUUCGCUAUGGCCGCUAGCCACAACAGGUGACGCUGUUGGGGCCCGAUAGCGCCGUUUAGUUUCCUCGCCCGGAUCGUGUCAUGGACCACCAAAGACGGGGACUAAAGGACCGUCAUUUGCUGCUCCUGAUACACGAUCCCAAGGACAAAAAGAUCGCUUCGCGCCCAUUCGAGGACUUCCUUUGGGGCAUCAAGUUCAAAUGCUAGGACGCUUGAUGUGCCAAACGUCGUCAGCGUUUGGGCCGCGGGUUAUGUCAAGCAAGGAAAACGAUUAGCUAAGAGUGAAAUGUAUGAUUUCAACCAACCUUAAUAAAAAGACAAAUCGAAUACUACAUUA